AUGGCCGACCACGCCCCAGGAAUGGGGCCGUCCAUGAAAGAGCCAAGCUGCAUCAAUUGUGGCGGCGUUGGCCAUUGGGCUGUGGCUUGCCCGGAACCUGUCAGAGCGAAGCCCGCUGGACUGUCCCGGAAAAAUAUUUCGAGUGGCCAUGAUCAUCAUAGCCGGGGUGGUGAGUAUCAACCCGGCGGACGCCGGCCGGGUGCUGUUGUGACCAAGUACUCGGCCCCACCAAGCGGCAAUCCGAUCGUCACUCGCUACGCUCCGCCCCCGGGUCAACCCCAUGCUCCUCCGUACCCCGGCCCCCUGCCUUCAUAUCCUUCAUAUCCUCCACCUCCGAAUGGCUACCCUCCCCCGCCGACAGGGAACUACCCCGGCUAUCCCCAAUACUCCCCGCCGCCGCCGCCUCCCCCGGGUGCCCACCCACCACCUCCCGCUCCUCCUGCACCAUACCAUUAUCCACCAUCUGGCCAGUAUGGCGCGCCUCCGCCUCCCGGUCCGUCUGGACUGCCGCCUCCUCCUUAUCAACCACCACCACAAUACGCUGGCAGUGCUCCUUACCCUCCUCCUCCUCCUCCAUCUUACUCUUCUGGGCCUGGAUAUCAUUCCGGUCCUCCACCUUCAGGCGGCCAGUACCCGCCCUCAUAUAAUUCCACACCUCCGGGAGGCUAUCCUCAGCCGCACUAUGGGUCUCAACCGCCCCCAACACCGAAUACUUACCCUCCCUCAUGGGCGCCGCCACCUCCAGGAUAUGGUCACCCGCCUCCUUUGCCUGGCCCUCCACGUGCUACACCACCGGGGCUCCCGCCAAUUCCUCCUCAGAGGAACCAGCCGCCAAGAGACCGAAAUGGGCGACAUCGCCAAGGGCAUAAUAAUCGAGAUCGUUCUCGCCGAAAUAAACAAGGCAAUCAGUCGAAACGAGAUCCUUCGCAGCCUAGACCAAAGUCGGAAAAUAAAGCCAGACCAGUGCCAACACUGCCACAGCUCGAAGCCGUAUCAAAGGCCGUCGAGGCGCCAUCAGUCGCGAGCGACACACCUAAAAGCGUAAACAUCAACAGUGCUUCAGAACAGGAAGCUGAUGAAGAGUACGAUUGGGACUGGGAAGAAGAGAUGAUCUUCAAAGAACUAGAGAAAACCCACCAGCCAGACCCAAUUGCUAAGCCGUUACCGGGGCCUGAGGAAUACCACGAUAAUAUUGUGUUGCCUCCGGCGUGGAACGCCACUUGGAUUCAGUCUCGAUUUGCAACAGAAGGCAACCUCAUGGAAUUUUCGCGGCCGAUACGAGAAACCGAGUUCUUCGUCACGUUGCAGUACGAUCCAGCAUUCUGGAAGUGCCCUGAGGGAAGUGCUCCUCAACAACCCCCUGAGCCACGAGAGAGGCCCAGCACGUUCAAGUCCAGUCGCCUUCCAGGUUUUCCGUCUCUCCCUCCGAAACCUCCUACUCCAGAGAACCGUGAAUACCGUCUGGUCAAUAAUCGAAAGCGGACUUUGGACGAUUCAACAUACAAGAACCCUCGAGCCAGGGCCGUCCCAGAAGGUGGCGAAUGGGCGGAUCAUCGUCACAAGAGGCACAAGGUUGACUCGCUUCCCGGCUAUAAUGCCGCCUCACCGCACAAUCGGAGAUCUAGGGAGGACUCGAGACCGACGGAUCGCUAUCGUCACCAAAGACCAGAACGCACUGAUUCCGAUCCAGGCCAGACGCUCCUCUUGUCCUUGGACGAGUCUCAAGACGCCGGCCCAUCAAGGCGAUUUGAAGACGCGGGACUCCAGGAUUCUGGAUACUACAGCUCUCGGAACGUUCGCAGACAGACAUCGACCAACAAUUUCCAGGAAAGGGGGGCAUCACCACCUAUGCUUCAUCGCGGAGCAUCACGACCAGACAGUCGGCCACAUAGUCGACAGGCGUCUCGGUCCCGAUCUCGUUCUCGCCACUCCCGCCGCCGUGGAUCUCACAGCAGCCAUGAUGAAUCACGUCCAGCUUCCAGGCAAUCUGUAGCGUCCUUUGGUUCUGAUGCAUCGGAACUAUCUGCACUAGAGGCCGAGCUCCUCGGCAUUGCUCCCAAGUCCAAGGGAGACCGAGAUGGCAAGCCGGAUGGAAUGAAGAUGCGUAAGCGCGUCACUAAGGUUGAUUCGGCUUACAGUCGCCGAUGGUGA